AUGGCGCCGCCCAGCACACCGCUGGACGAGUUCUUCCAAUCCUUCGCAGGCUUCAGUUACAAUCCAAAACUACCUCCAUCGGAAACAUAUGCUCAGCUUAAGAGGUUCUGCCACUGGGGACAAUACAGUCCAGAGGAUAAAGAAGCCUGGGAACAAUACCAAUCUGCAUUAGAAGCGGAGGUGAAGAUGUGGUUUGGAGCGGAGGAUGACCUUGGCGCAUGGCAUUCUCUUUGUCGCGCUAUCGGAAUCGAGCCUUUGCCUGCAACCUGUAAGCAGGCUGCGAAUGACUAUGCAUAUGUUUUUAGGAUCUUCGAUGAGGAUCCAGUAGUCUUGGUCGGCGAAAUUGGCUAA